GUGCCCUCCAUGCGAAGCGGCAUCGUCAAGAAGUAGAAGGCAGCAAUUCGGAACUUUGCACCGUGUGUGCGUGAGCACACGUAUUUUAAUUGUUUAAGAAGUGAAACACAUACAACAUCAAGAUGGGCCGACGGUCAAUUAACACCACCAAGAGUGGGAAAUACAUGAAUCCCACGGAUCAGGCCAGGAAGGAGGCGAGAAAAAGAGAACUGAAGAAGAACAAGAAGCAACGUAUGAUGGUGAGACAGGCUGUUCUGAAAGGCAAAGAUCCCAUGAAGCUCCUUGAAGAAGUUGAGCUUAUAGACAGACAAGAGUAUGAUCCUAUCAAUCCACCAAAACUAAAUGAAAAGGUCUUAAAAGAUAAACGGAAAAAGCUGAAAGAGACAUUUCAAAGAGUUGUGCGUCUUUAUGAAAAAGAAGACCCAGAAUACUCUAUGGAAUUAAGGAAAGCUGAAAAUGAAUAUGAUAAAAAGAGAUUGCAGAUGCAGAUAUAUUAUGAGCAAGUGAAGAAUGCCGAGAGAGUGCAGAUAGACCAGAUCCCUCUCCCUGAGGCUCCAGUGGAUACCACAGUGCCAUAUAUGAUCCCCCUACCCAGUGAUAUUCCCCUCCCUACAGCUACACCAAAAGCUGGUAUAUUGAAAAAGACCACGGCCUAUGGUCCACAGCUAGGCCUACCCACAGAGCUCUAUAGUCAACAGAAACACAAGAAGAAACCUCCUGGCCCUCCUCCAGGGCCUCCCCCUGAACUGAGCGAGAGUGAGGAUGAAGAGUAUGACCCAGAGAAAGCUAUAGAGGAGAACAUUGGUGAUGUCCAGUUACCUGUGGAUGACCAGAUACCAACUGACGUGCCAGACAGAGCAGAGCAGACUGACCAGAGUGGGCAGCCAGAGAAAUCUGAACGAAGUGGACGCUCAGAGAGGAGCAGGGAGAAAUCUAAGCACAAGUCAUCAAGAGACAAGAGAGAUGAACCCAAAGCCAAGAGUCGGAAGAUCCGCUUUGCUGAUGACGACAUGAGAGAUCUGGAUGAAGCGGAGAAAGACACAAGACUCACGAUUCAACGACUGAUCAGAGAGAAGGGGAAGAAGAAAGUCACACCAUUACAGGCUAAGAUGUUACGGAUGGCAGGUCAGGAUGUGCCCGAGUAUGAGAACGCUGAUGAGGAUGAGGAAGAGGAGGAUAGGGAGGCUGAUAGUGACUCCAGUGACUCUGACAGUGACGAGGACUCCAGGAGGAGGCGGGCUGACUCCAGCUCUUCAGACUCCUCCGACUCCGAGACAGAGAUGACAACCCAGCAGGAGGAGGGAGCAUCUAGUACAUCAACAACCAAACCUUCCACCACUGCCCAGUCUGCCCCUCCAUCAGCUGGCACCCCAGCAGCACCCAGCAGGCUGUUACCCCCAGGUCCCCCUCCUGGGGCGCCACCGGGAAUGGGUCCACCAGGGUUACCUCCAGGCCCGCCUCCAGGUGCCCCACCCAUGUUUAUCAGACCUCCGCCCUUGCGAGGGGGUCCACCAGGUGGCCCACCCAGAAUGUUACCCCCAGGACCCCCACCUGGUCGUCCUCAUGGCAUGCCUCCUGGACCUCCACCUGGUCUACCCCCUAAUAUCCGAGGCCUACCCCCAAGGCUUCCCUCUGGACCACCAGGCAUGCCACCGCCGCGAUUGAUGCGACCUCCUCCUGGAGUUAUGCCCCCUGGAUUACCCCCUCCUCCAGGGAUAAUUCCGCCUCCAGUCAACCCAAAUGUUCUCAGUGCUCCACCCAGCAUCAUGAAACCCCCACAGAAACUGGGCGACGACGAAAAGAAAAACACUGCAACUAUCGAGGCUAAACCUCAGAUUAAACAUGUCAUGGGUGACGUUACACGCUUCAUGCCCACAUCUCUCAAGGUCAAGCGGGAAACGAAAGAUGCCAAAGGAAGAGUUGUUUCUGGUAAAGAAGACGAGAAAGCAACAGUUUCUGCACCCAAGCUGACAGCCAUGCCAGCAUCAAAAACCAAGACAAAGGAUGAUGCAUAUGAGGCCUUCAUGAGAGAGAUGGAAGGCCUGUUGUAAUGGACACUGAAUUUGACUGAUGGUUAACUGAUACAUUCAUGGCAUUGAGUGGUUUUCCACAUGCAUGAAUACUGAAUACAAUAGAAGGACUGAGUUGGGAAACUUCAACCAAUCAUGAGCUGUGAAAAAGACUGCCGUGAAAGACGACUACCAUUGCCUGACCUAUCAAACACAAUGGAACAGAUGAACCAUGGCAAGAUCUUGUGUCAUGAGGUCUGUUUGACAGCCAAGCACCUUGAAUACAAACUCUGGUAUUGUUACCACUUUAAUAUGUAACCUGUUUGCUCAUUGGGCAAGAUAUUUCUCAGUUUGUGUCAUGAACUUUGAACCUUGACAUUGUACAUGCCUUGCUGGAAAAUGUGGAAAAGCAUUGGGAUUGAAUUCUAUUAAAGUAAAUGUAACUGUACCUAGCCGUGUAGACUUUCUGUUACUUUUCUGCGCUUAUUUGAGUGUCAUCUGAGAACUACAUGUAUUCUGUAAAAGUAAAGUAACAUUUACUUUCAUCUCUUAAAUCGCUACUAAAUCCAAUACUAGAAGUUGAAAAGGGUUUCAAAACUUAUGUGUUGAUGUCAGGUCAUAUGUCUCUUUGUUUUUUCGAGGAAGAACAGGUUCAUACUUUAAAUAGGUGGAGAAAACCUGCUUUGAGUGAAUUGUGUAUUUGAGUCAUAGUUGUGUGUUUUGUAUAUUAAUGACAUCAUGUUUUACAUAGAACAUCAUCAUCUGGCAUUGUACAGAAGUCAUUGUUAGUAAUAAAUGCUUAUUUAAAAAGGUACCAUAUGGUUUUAUUGUGAUUUAAUGUCCUGGAGUGAUUUUUAUUUGUUGUACCUCUUCCGCCUGAUUUUCCCAUGUAGAAACCUGACUGCUUGGGUGUGCCUGAUACAAGUUGUAAUAUACACAUACUUGAUUACCAGGAUGUGGGUUGAUAGGUAAAUUACUGUGUAUAACCUAACAUGUCAUCCAUGACAAUCUAACUCAUUAUGCCUUAUUCCAAGAGUUUCUGUUAAUCUUUGAAAGGUAUUUUGACAUUUUCAAAGGUAAAUAAAAGAUUACUUCCGAGAAAAAAGUUUGUUUUUGC